AUGCUCACUUACUGCUUAAUAUUUGUUGCUUCAACGUUUGCAACAUUAGCGCAAAACCCGCCAGUUGUUCCAACUCAAACAUUCACACCAACACCAAUUCGUGUAGUAUUAGAUGAUCUUCCACCUCCAUAUGCAACAUCAUCAUCUUCAAAACCAGCUAUUGUCGUUGCUGUACCCAGCAACGCAACACUACUUGUACCUGAUGUUAAUUUUCGUGUAACAAUCUAUCGUAGUGGUUUACGAACGCCAAGACAAAUGAUCUAUACUCCAAGUGGUGAUAUUCUAGUUGUCGAAAAUGGUGGUGGUCUUAUCUCAAUUCUAACCGAUACUACUACAUCGGUUUUUGCUGAUGCAUCUAAUGGUAUUGCUCAAGCUUUUGGCAUGGCAUUUGUGCCAGGUUGGUUCUAUGUUGCAAAUGCUGGUGCUCUUCGUCGAUUUCAAUAUCAAACUGGUGAUAGAAGAAUAAUGGGUACUGGGCAAGUUCUUCUCACAUACCCAAGUACAGGCCAUUGGACACGUAGUUUAAUUGUAUCACCCAAUGGUAAUCAACUGUAUGUAUCCGUUGGUUCUGGUAGUAAUGUUAAUAUUGAGUAUCCGUCACGAGCUUCAGUACAAAUCGCUAAUCUCGAUGGAACAGGUAAUGCAACGUUUGCUUCGGGUUUACGUAAUCCAGUUUUCAUGGAUAUUCAUCCAAAAUCGGGUGAACUCUACGUGGCUGUACAGGAACGUGAUGCACUUGGCGAUGAUCUUGUACCAGAUUAUUUUACUAGAAUUCAAAAAGAUGAAUUCUAUGGAUGGCCAUUUGCUUAUCUUACACCGAAAAAUGUCGAUCCACGACGUCGUUUUGCUAAUGGCUCCAGUGAACGUCCUGAUUUAGUUCAACAAACACCUUAUCUUACACCGAAAAAUGUCGAUCCACGACGUCGUUUUGCUAAUGGUUCAAGUGAACGUCCUGAUUUAGUUCAACAAACACGUACACCCGAUGUUCUCUUUCAAGCACAUUCGGCCGUAUUAGGUAUACAAUUCUAUCGUGGUACUCAGUUUCCCAGUCAUUAUCAAAACGGCGCAUUCGCUGCUUUUCAUGGCUCAUGGAAUCGUAAUAGCGGCACUGGUUUUAAGCUUGUUUUUAUUCCAUUUAAUGAUAGUAAUCGACCACAAGGAUAUUAUGAAGAGUUUCUCAAAGGAUUUCUUCUUGAUCCACAAGGCCCAAGAACCUAUGGUCGACCGGUUGGAAUAUUAGAAAUGAAAGACGGAAGUUUAUUGUGUAGUGAAGAUGGAAAUGGGCGCAUCUAUCGAAUAGAAUAUGUUAAAAGUAGUGCUAAUUGA